AAAAAAACGCCAAACCCAAAGCGAAGACAAACAGGAAGUGAAUGCAAUUUUUCCUCAGUCGUUAUUCUACGCUGUCUUUCAAAGUUAUUCAGGUGGAAGAGAACCCAGCGUUGUAGCUUCCCGUGUGUAGUGAUUUUCUUUUUAGUGACUUUAGCUAGUUAACUCUCUCUCUCUUGCUGUUACGGCUGGUCGUUCCAACCUAUCUUCAUUCAUUCAUCGCAGGAAGGAAAUCUGGUUUUGGCAACGGCGCGUGCUGUCAGGUGAACUCCGCUAAUACGUAUUUGCCAGAUAUUGUCCAAAGGGGUUCACAGAAGUUUACCGUUGAAACACCGGUUGCAAGUUCGAAUCGGUGAAUGGCUUCUGCGUGGCAAAGUGUCGUGUCUGUUCACCAGAGUUUAGUUGACAAUGGAGACAAGAGGACUGACCAGUGGCUGCUGGUCUACUCCCCCGUCCCGGUGGCACUCAUCUUCCUGACGUAUCUCUUCGUGGUGUGGGCUGGCCCUCGUCUAAUGAAACACAGAGAAGCCCUUGACCUCAAAGGCGUUCUCAUUGUUUACAACUUUAGCAUGGUCGGCCUGUCUGGCUACAUGUUCUACGAGUUCCUGGUCACAUCCUGGCUCUCCAACUACAGCUAUCUGUGUCAGCCUGUAGAUUACAGCAACAGCCCGCUGGCAGUAAGGAUGGCCAAGGCCUGCUGGUGGUUCUUCUUCUCUAAGGUUAUAGAGCUCAGUGAUACGCUCUUCUUCAUCCUGAGGAAGAAGAACAGUCAGCUGACGUUCCUUCAUAUUUACCACCACGGCCCCCUGAUGUUCAACUGGUGGGCGGGAAUCAAAUAUGUGGCUGGUGGACAGUCGUUCUUCAUCGGGCUGGUCAACACCUUUGUUCACAUUGUGAUGUAUUCUUACUACGGCCUGGCUGCCCUCGGCCCUCACAUGCAGAAGUAUCUGUGGUGGAAGCGAUACCUCACGUCUCUGCAGCUGCUGCAGUUUCUGCUGUUCGUCCUGCACUCAGGCUACAACCUGAUCACAGACUGCGACUUCCCCGACGCCAUGAAUGCGGCGGUGGUUGGUUAUGUCCUUAUCCUCGCCGUCCUCUUCAGUAACUUCUAUUAUCAGAGCUACCUCAACAAGAAAAAGCAGAAAUAAGAGACGCAGCGGUGAGGUGUUACACACAAAGUUUUGUAUUCUGUUCCUGUUGCAGUACUCACUAGUCUCCACUAGAGGGAAGAACAUCCUCAUGCUAACUGUCUGAAUUUUCCCCUGGCUUUCACCAUCAGGCAUCAGACUUGAACAUUGAAUAUUUUACAGACAUGUAUAACUAAUGUGAACAAUCUGAGUUCUCUCUAUUUUUUUGUAUUUUAUAUAAAGUGACAAUACAUGUCGAAAAAGAGACAUUGUGUGAUCAUUCAAUUAUUUAUUUCUUAAAUUGAGAAAUGACAAACAUUCAAAUGAUUGCUGUAAACAAACUGUACAUUUUAUACAUAUAAUAAUAAUAAUAAUAAUAAUUAUAAUAAAGUAGGUUGGUUUCUCUGCAUUAUUGCAGAAUUAUGAGUUCAAACCCUCCUCAAGGCAUAAAUCCAAAAAGCAA